CGAGAAUACAGGUAACAGUAUUCACGGAAAUGAAUCUGGGCAAGUAGACCCUCCGUGACUUACCUGCAAAGUAUGUAGAAGACACAGGUAAAAAGAUAUGGAUAUUACAGGUAAAUCAUAAAUAUUUACCGUCAAGCAAAAGGGAAUAUGGAGACUUCAAAGGGAAUUACCUGUGUGUGGUUAUUGUUUUGUUUAUGUUGCUUUACGAGCAUUCGGAUUAUCCAGGGCCAGGGAAGUCUGUUUGUGACCCCACCUCCAGACCUUGGUCGACCGGUAGUGGCAAAUGGAAUCGUAUAUUUCUUACACUACAUCGACAUCCCUGACCACUGCUUGGAACCACGGGUGUCGAAGUACCCGGCUGGGGCCGUGAUCCGAGACAGACGGGCGCUGAUGCGAGCUGACAACCCCCACAUCACAUACGGCAACCUAGAGAUCGCACCCUCGGGAUGUCUGUAUAUAGAACCGGGGGUGGAGAUGAGGUUUGGUCCAGGAUUUGGAAUAAUUGUCAACGGAACCCUCAUAUCCAGGGGUAGCGAUGAGCCUGGGGGCCGUAUCCUGAUGACGAAGGACAAGGGGGAGGACACUGGGUACCCGUCAGGUGACUGGCACUUUGAUGCCCGAUUGGUUGACGGAAACACCACAAUGGACGGCCAGCUUAACCUGUUGUAUCGGAACAAAUGGCGAGGAAUCUGUACCAACUAUGUCAAUUUCACCGAAAUAGAUGCUAACGUAACAUGCCGCCAUCUUGGAUUCCUCAAAGGCAACUUUACCUACCACUCAUUUGCCAAGAAUUACACUGAUUACAUGCUGUUUGAGAGACCCAGGUGUACGGGGCAGGAGGACUCGCUGUUUGAAUGUCCAGGUGUGACUGCGACAAAUAUUCAGCUCGGACAACACAUUUGUGACGGACAACAACUUAUAGGGUUUGAAUGUGAAGGUUUACGUGAUGGUCUUGCCACGGACAACUGGCGAGGGCUAGAAUUCUACAAUUCCACUCGGCAGAGAAAAAUCAUAGAAGAUAAUGUUUACAUCAAUUCCACAUUUUCCUGGAUAGAAUAUACCGAUAUUCUGUAUGCCGGACUAGACAUAUUCCAUGGUAAAGGAAUCGGGGUGAACUACCAGCGGGCAGCAAUAAGUGCGAGUCCACAUGUCCCCGUGUUCAACAACGUCACGGUCAAAUACAGUGCCUACCAUGCUUUCAACUUGACCAAUAUUGAAGGGCCCAUCCAUAUUGCCAACUGCACUCUCUACAGAAACAGAGGUUAUGGCAUGUACAUACAAACUGCUGUGGGCAAUGUCCUCGUCAACAUGACCAACAUCACGGAGAACUGGGGUGACGGCAUCAAGAUGUAUAUGUCAAACCUCACCUACAAUGACUACCUGACGAGAUUCCCUAUGGAAAAGUCCUUCUGUAGAACCCCGAUCCUGAUUGGACAGACGUAUCCAGUGUACGUUUAUCAAGAUGUCAUAGACUUUGAAGGAAACAAGCUAGUGCAAGGGAUAUCUUGCUCCAAGACAUAUCAGACACUUGAGAACAAGAAGGUGGUCAUUCACUUCCUGGACUUGAUACGAGACAAGGUGGCCAGUGGCAGCUUAGAAAUAAGAGAACAGUCAAGUACAGGGACUCUCAUUGGCACAUACGAUAUAACCAAUGGCAGCUUUCCACAGUCAGUGACCACCAGAACCAACAAAGCAUAUAUUGCCUUCCGAUUCAACAUUCCAAAGAACCAUCAGUGCGAAUCUUUCAAACCCUGUGUCCGUGUCCUGAUGCGAUUUAAUACAGUUUUUGUUAAUGGAACCGACGAUGAUUUCCGACUGAUCUACUCGCAGGUGUCCAACAAUACAGGUUAUGGUGUCAAUAUCCAGGACAUGCGCAAUAAGGUGUUCUUCAACACCAGUGAAAUCUCCGACAACCAGUAUGGCGCUGGAAUACGAGUCUAUCAAGGAGCAGGGGAGGUAACUGUGAAUAACACCCUCCUUGAGAGAAACAUGGCCGCAGGCAUCAACAUUACCUACUCCGGGGGCUUCCAGCUGAUCAACAACACAAGGAUAAUUGGAAGUCAUGGUUAUGGAAUCAUCACCGAAUAUCUCCUGCUGAAUCGGACCAGGAUAGAGUCGCAGCAGAAGAUGGAAAUUGUCCGAUCAGAAUUUCAGUUGAAUGAAUGGCGCGCUGUGCGAGUUGGAAAUUACUGCAAGGGAGGAAGUAUUUUGAUCAAUAUGAGUUCCUUUGCAUACAAUUUUGAUGAAACAAUUGAGUAUCUGUCAUGCAAUAUCUCGACAACAAAACCAACCAAUUUCAGUGUGGCUUUCAAUAAGUUUGACUCCAACUUCCGACAUGCUAUAUUGUGCGCCCCAAUGGUCAAUACUGUGGGUAUUAUCAGCAAUAAUACAUUUCAGAAUCACAGUCUUGGAGGCGUGUUGAUUGACAAUGGAUAUGAUCUUCUUAUAAGUAGGUGGUAUCAAAACUUUGAAGUAGACUAUCGCAUUUUUGAGAACCGGUUCGCGGAUAAUUAUGGACGCUAUGCAGUAAGUAUGAGGUUGACUCAAAAUAGUCCGUUUCAGAAACUGGAGUUCAAGUUUAACAAACUAGUGGAAAAUAAUAUUCAGGACUCGUUCAUGUUUCUAAACCCGAGGAGCAAGGCUAAUGCAGUGGUGGUGGUAUCUUCUGGAAAUGUCCUGGUGCAGCGGAACUGGAUUCAGAAUCCAAACUCUGUCCGUGAAAUCGCCACCCAUCUUGUGGAUCCGUCUGUUACCAUCACUGGCUCUGAGAAUUGGUGGGGGAUCGAGGUCCUCCAGCAGGAUCAGCUGGAGCCCAUCCACAAGGCCAUCUUUGACCAGGAUGACCGGUACAAUCUGGCCAGAAUCAACUACUGGCCUGUUCUCAAGACAGAUCGUCUCUAUGACAACAUCGUCAGUAGCGAUGUGGCUCGGUUCCGUUGGCACUUCAGUCGUCCUGGCAACGUAAUUGGUGGAGUCCUGGAGGAUGAUGACUUUACAGCUAAUGAUCGCACGGUGUAUCAUGUGGACCGGGACAUUUUCAUAAUUCCUGGGAGAUCCCUUGUUCUUGGUCGAGGUGUGGUACUGGAGUUCGAGAGCUCUGUUGGUAUGGUGGUGCAUGGCUGCUUGAGAGCAGACGGCCAUGAAGUUUCCAACACAAUACAGUUCCGUCUGAGAGACGAUCCUGACAUCCUGCCUGUUGAGAACAGAACCGCAUCAGUCCGUCUGGUGGAUGGUGAAGAUGAAUAUGAAGGUCGUCUGGAGGUUGACAUCAAUGGAGAAUGGGGAACUGUUUGUAAUGAGGGAUGGUCGGAGCAGAACUCCCUGUUGGCCUGCCAGCAGUUGGGUCUUGUCUACAACCCCGACAGGCCAACAGCUCGACAGAAACAGUACGGCCCCACGAAUCAGCCAAUCCUGAUGAGCUGGGUGAAAUGUGACGACGUGGACACUGACCUCACACAGUGUCGUGCAGCCCGCGAUGGGGAGCAUCAGUGCACUCACAACAUGGACGUAUUCCUUCGAUGUGAGCCAGCUACCUGGGCAGGCAUAACAUUCCCGGCCACACCUAAGGAUGGCCAAUCCUGCUCGUCCCAAUUGCGCCACAUCGCUAUACACAAGGCCGGUCUACUUGAUCACGCAACUAUGGCCCACACUCCUGCCCUUAGGAUUGACUACAACUACUACCAGAUGUCCUACAUCACCAUCAACGACGCCCUGUCUGACGCCAUCCACAUCAAGUUCAAUCACCCUCACACUGAGAACAAGCUUGAAUAUGGAAACAUCACCAAUGUGAAUGGCAAUGGCAUCGUCUUGAGGAGCUCCAGGAUGAACAUCCUCUACACCCGAGUUACGAACAGCGAUUCCGCGGGAUUCUUGUUUGACCCAUUCUUUACAGAAUAUGACUCUCUUCUCGUCCGAAACUCCAUUUAUGCCACAAGGCGAACCUACAUAACAGAAAAUCCACAGUUAAGCAUUGGCGAUAGAAGCAUGAUCUUCCUGCUAACUAAGCCCGGGUCUGCAACGGAGAGUAAAUCGUAUUUCUGCGAGUUGUUUGUGACUAGCACAUUCCGCAUCACACUGCAGGUGCUGGAUUACUCCCCUUUGACUGACAUCGAGGAAGUGACAGUGUAUGAUUCCAGUCGGUCACAGAUUCAACAAAACACACACAGCUGGAAGAUUGAGGAGGAUCUCAUUGACUUUCCCAUCGUCUCCACUUCUCAGUACCUGACUAUAAAGCUGGAUAUAAAGGGAGGAGUUCGUUCUGGGAGGCUGUCCUUUGCUGCAAUAUCAUAUCAAUAUGAGCCAACACCUCCAGAACUGAAGACACAUCUUCGUAACUGUACGUUCAACUACAAUAACCAGGGCAUCGUUACAAAGCAUUACAACAACCCGUCCAACAGGAAACUCGAACUGUACCAUCGGCACAAGCUGGAAACGUUCGUCUUUGAAAGAAUCAACGUGUUCCACAGCAGGAAGGAGGCCAUGUACAUGCCGAGUGUCACCAAGUACAAUGAGGACUAUAUCCCCACCUGGGAGGAGAUGACCAUUCCUCAGAAGGUGGCAACCAUUGAGUAUACCAUUGACCAGUGCCACUUCCUCGACAACGAGUAUGGAAUUCUGGCCGAGCAUAAUCAUGUAGACUUUGCCAACAAUGUCUGGCACUGGACUGUGAAGCGUUCUGACAUCAUGAAUGUCAACAAUGGUGGCUUUGAGGUUGAGCUGCCAAGGGUUAAUGAUGAAGGAGGAGGAGUUAAAAAACACAAGAUACUGUUCCAGGACAACAUUGCAAAGAACAACAGGAAAUUUGCUUUUACUGUUGCCGGAUAUUACGCCAAUGUUAGCAUAAGGAGUAACACGUUUACAAACAACUUGUGUAGGAAGGGCCUCAUGAUGAUCUCGGGCAUGGAAAAGGACAUGUAUAUAUACAGCAAUAAGAUUGAAUCCAACUCAGGGACCUACAUGAUCGACCUGGACAUUAUAAGCCAUUCGGAAUACUCCAACCAAGUGGCAGGGCUCAUGGAACUCAAUGAAAUAAAAGGCAACCAGUAUUUUCCUGGACAGGUGGCGCCAGGUUCUGAAUACAGCCCUAAGACCUUCACGGUUGCCUUCCGAGGGCUACAGAGUAUGAAGGCCAAAAGAAACCUGUUUGAGAAUCCGGACCUUGGAUUUGAGCUGGUGGCAGCCACAACAGCCCUCUCCCUUGGGAACACUGUCGAUGUGACGGAAAACUGGUGGGGUUCAACCAAUAUUGAUGUGAUUAGGAAGAGGAUCUUUGAUUUUGACGACUGGAACAGCUAUGCCAUUGCAAGCUACCAUCCCUACUUAACAAGAGCGGAUGUGAACUCUGACCUGGCCACUGGUCCACCUGUGGAUCUUCCUAUCGAUCUGCGCCGACUUGGAGGUCGAGUUACUACCUCUCUGAGUUUGCCUUACCAAUCCACACCCUACACAGUUGUUGCCGACUUGACUAUCAUGCCGCAGGCAACACUGACUAUCGCUCCUGGAACCGUGCUGCAGUUCAGACCAAAUGUGGGUAUUCUCGUUCUCGGCAAACUUCAGGCUCGGGGACUUCCCUACAACAGAAUCAAACUCGAGCCUCUGAAGGACACCACUUUGCCCAGAGUGAAAAGAGAAGCUGAAUGGUCGGAACACAGACAGAAGCGUCAAGUCUUAGGAGAUGUGCACCUAAAAGGAGAUGGUACUCUUUUCAAUGAUGAGGGAUUCCUGGAGCUCUACAACACUUCCACCCAGUCCUGGAACAUCAUGUGCGACAACCAGUUCAAUGAGAAAACAGCAGAGGUUGUCUGCAGAGCUCUUGGCAAGGAAACAAUAAAUGUUCGGGUCCGAUUCACACACUUGUAUGACCACUACAUUUAUGGCAAACCAAGUUAUUUCCGAAAGGAGUUCUGGACAUUUAGUUACUACUGUCGAGGCGAUGAGACCUCAUUGGAGCAGUGCGAGAAGCGGUACAACUACAAUCUACUGCCAUGUAUCUAUGCCGCCAACUACACCUUCAUCACGUGCGGGCCGCGGAACCUGGAGAGUGAUGUGGACUACUGGGGCAACAUCAGGUUCGCUACGGACAGCUACCAGGAGAAGUUCACUCUGGACCAGACGUUUUACCAGGACUCCUAUGUUGAGUACAUGGAUAUAGAAGGAGCUGGUAUCCUGCAUGGGGAAAAGGUUGGUGCCAUCCAGACAACCUAUGUCACACCAGUCUUCAAGAACAUCAACAUCACCAAAUGUGCUUCUAAUGGGUAUGACAUCAUCGCACCCAGAGACAUGAUGGAAAUACGGAAUCAGAACAUUUCCGGGAAUCUUGGGUUCGGUGUGAAUGUCCUCGUCCUGAACGGGGAAUCGAGUUUACGAGAAUCGUCCUUCACUCCGCUCGGUAUCAGCACGAUCCCAUACCAUGUGUAUGGACUGGUUGACAUCUGUCGGAUGGAGAAGGAAAUCACGCUGGACAACAGAAUGAUCCUUUACUAUAAAUACUCCCACAAAGCUGUGGACUGUGUCAAAAUUAUCAGAAGCUCCAACCCAAGGAAGACUGUCGGACUCCGAUUUCUGCAGCUUAAUCUCUACCAUGAAGCCUUCUCGCGGCGGAACUCCAUUGAGUUGUUUGAUGGUCGAGGGGAUAACCUACUGAAACAAAUCCUGGCCAACACAAGUGGGGCUGAUCUGCUGAGGCAGUACACCAGCACCGGUGAUACUCUCGCCAUUCACAUGCACGCCUCCGUCUCCUUCCAGUAUUAUGGAUUUAUUGCUGAAAUCGUAACUGUGCCACCCACGGGAUUGACAUAUCCUGACAGCAACUACCGACAUGUGCUGCAGCAGACGGUUAUAAGGAGCAACCAAGAUGGUGCCAUUCAGUACAAAAAUGUUGGGGAGAUAAAUCCGUCCCUCUUCAUCGAUCACUGUUGGCUUGAAGAUAAUGGUGUGGCCAUAUUGAACCUGACCUCUCCACCAACGAUUGAUAUUUCACUGCAAGGAACGGUUCUGUUCGACUUCAGCCACAACUACAUUGGUCGAAACAAAGGUGGAAUGUAUUUCUCUGCUAGGACCAAAACCAUCGCAACUGCAUUACGUGGAAACAUUUCCAAUAAUGUGUUUGCAUAUGGUUCCCAUGGUGAGGCUCUCAACAUCUCCGGCCAUUAUUACCAGCGUGUUUUCCUGUUCCAAAAUUACUUCUACAACUACACAGCAGGGGACUACCGUGAUGUCAUUCACAUCAAGGAUGUGGUUGUGAACUUCACCUACAACGUCAUUACAAAUAAUGUCGGUCAUUACAUCCUGGCGGCCUACAAUAAUCCUGAUCCACAGGCACGGCAGGAGUACACUAGGUGUGGCUUCGAUGACAACAACGCGACAGCCCUGUAUGAGAGUACUGUCAAGGUGGGCAGAGGUCGCCCUGUCUUCCACCAUAACUAUCUCGUCAAUGAGCUCAACGACUUUGAGUUUCAGUCAAGCUCGAAAGAAGAUCCUUCAGAGCUUCCUGUGAAUGCGACCCAGAACUGGUGGGGGUCGGACCGAAUCGGGUACAUCAACGGGAAGAUCUGGGAUGAAUCCGAUAACCCGCUGCUGUCUCCAGUUGUCUUCAAGCCGCCAAAGCUGGACAACAGAUCUGUCGUUGAUGGCCAGUGUAGACCAGGCUGGAAGCUGGACACAGGGCGUUGCUACCGGUACAUGGGGGGAGCCCUGCCCUUCUACCAGGCUAACGAUUUCUGUAGGGCUAAUGGUGGUUUCCUGGCAGACCUGCGAGGUCGGGAGUAUUUCCUGGAGUACUUGGUACGGCUGAUGCGUGCUGUGGACAGUCCAAGGAUGCGUGUUUGGGUGUUGGGGGAGGUAAAGUCCGGGUACUGCGCUGCCCUUCAGGGGAACAACAUGGUCAUAGAGGAUGACUGCACAAGGCUCCUGUAUCCAUUCAUCUGUGAGAAAGAUCCAUAUAUUACCCUGCCCCCAGAGGUAACAGACUAUGUGAAAGCAAUAGCGAUUGGUGUUGGUGUUGGUAUUGGAGGGCUCAUUGUCCUUGUUGUCCUCAUCAUCGCCAUCUUGUGGUUUAUCAAGUCUCGAAGACGAGGCAAGGAAAGGUUCGAGCGAGCUAUGUCCAUCAGGUCGUCAAUCCGGGGAAGCAUCAGAAGCAAGUCUCAGCUGACUGUCUUGUCCACUGGAACAUCCAGACAACGGAUGAACGACUUCAGGGAUGAAGUGUCUCAACAUUCUUAUGCUUCAAGAACCUCCCGAGGAACAAGUCUUGGUAACAGUGUUGAGAGUAUUCAAUCAGCUCCUCGACCUGCUGUUGGUCGGACAAUGGCCUCCCUCAGGAAACAGCCUCUUCAUAACAAGGGCUAUUAUCAUGAUGAGAGUGUGCGGCAAGAUGAUGACGAUGAUGAUGAUGGCUUUGAUGAUACGUUUGAUGAUGAUGAUGUUGAUGAAAAGGAUGUGAAAGUGAGUUUGGAGAACAUUGAAGGCCCAGUGUACAACAACGGACAUGUCAAUCACCAGGGCCAAGCUCCCAGGGUUAGAAAUGGGAAUCUUCGCCAUGUCGGGUCACAGGAAGUUGCGUACAAUUAUGACCAUGGUGAUGAAGAAGAUGAUGAUGAUGAUGAUGAUGAUGAUGAAAGAGUUACCACAAACAGUCCUUGUCAAGCUUCAGUGCUCCUGAAAGUCCAUCAACUCCAGUCAAGAAUACAAUCUUCCUGCCAAGAAGCACUCAAAGCCUUGCAUCCCAGCGAUCUGAUCUCCGUUCACAGCCUCUACCUACUCCCCCACCAACACCCCCUGUCUUAGGUCGCUAUAGCAACGUCCCAGGUCACAACUCUCCCCAACAGAGACCGUCACCCAAUCUGUAUGAUGAUGUUCCAUCAGAGACAAGCAGCAAUCCCAGAUAUGGAAAUGUCCCUGGGUACAAUCCCCAGAGUCCACAGAGAAUGCCUGCAAGGUCCACUCCAGAUCUGUACGAUGACGUCCCUUCGGAAACCAGCAGUGCCAACAGAUACAGCAAUGUUCCAGGCUAUAGUCCCAGUAAACACCAACCACAGACGUCAGCCAGAUCUACACCAAAUCUAUAUGAUGAUGUGCCUUCAGAGUCUGGCAGUGACCACAGGUAUGGAAAUGUACCAGGAUACCAUCGCCCACCAAUCCACAGACCACAGCCAGUACCACGAACACGCACACCAGAUAUAUAUGACUAUCCACCAGGCAGCAAUACGCCAGAGUUCAGAGAAUCACCAAAUCCAUCGCAGCGAGGGUUUCAAGAUAGCAAUCGACAGUCACCAGUCCCAGCAGCUCGUGUAAAACCUGUUCCUGCUCAUCGACCUUCACCAUUGACCGUGCAACCGACAAUGAUUGCAGCAUCCCCAUCGGUGCAGCCACCACCUCAACAGAGAUUCACUCAGCCGCCCACCUACCGUACAGUGCCUCGGGACAAUGUCUUGUACCUCCAGCAGAAGCUGAAAUCUCCAAAUGAAGAGAGUGUGGAGACUGAGAUCUAGAUUAAAGAAACAGUAGAGAAAAAACAGAAAUUAUCAAUACCACUUGCAUCAGUGGCGAAAGAUUGGGUGUCAUGCAAACAGAAAGGUUUGACAAGUUAUUUUGUUGGUUACAAUUUUGAAAGGAAAAGAUGUAGGGACCAUUGAGACGUUUUUUAACAUUGUGGUUUUGUGGCUUUUGUUUGGUAUCACUGUAUCACAGAGAACGUACAACACUAUCCGAUAUAUGAAGAAGUACCAUAUCAGCUGUAAUUGUUUGUUGUGAUUGAGAGGAAAACUUGCCUUACUUUAUAUUUAAUAUUUUAGCAAAGAUGGACUUAUUUAUAUGGAACAUAUUUUAUAAACCAUGCUCAAUCCAUAUACUUGUGUUCGGCUAUUUUACAGAGAAUGGUGCAAGGUACUCAAGCUGUUUGGUGCUGUCUAACAUGAGCGAGCUGAACUUUCUGAAAGGAGAAAGAAAUAUUCUCUCUAUAAUCCAAAGUUCCCUGAUAGCCAUUUUUUUUAGAAACGUGGUAAUCAGCUUUUAUAGAAUAUAUGUCACAUUCCAUACCCGUCAUAUAUGUUUUGUUUACCAAGGAUUGUAAUUCUUUCCCUUAAAACAUCUCACACUGUCAAGGGGCCAAUUCAACAAAGUGAUUUUCGUGCAAAGAUGAUCGUAACUGCCAUACACCAGUGUGUGACCGUCGUAGUGCAGAGAUUGUAUUGUCUAGAAUGGCUCUGGAUAGAAUAUAAUGUAUUUGAAAUGUGAAUUCCCGUGCGAAAUCACUUCUACCUCAGAUUGUAUGUGAUUAUGGUAAAUUCUAUCGCAAAGUGUGCCUUAGCAGAAACAGGGUGUAGAACAUCAUAGGACACUUUUAGAACAUUGUAGAACAUUGUAGACUUAAAACUUUGCCAGCCGUAGGUGAUGGAUAUAGGGACAUUGUCUCAAGAAAUUGUUUUAAUAUAAUUUUCAUGAUUUUGUCAUUUCAGAUUUUUAAUAAUAAUCACUUAACAUUUUCUAACUAAAACAUACUUUGUGUAUCUUUCAAUUCAUUUAUUCAUUUUAGCCAUACAUGCAAGUUAUAUAUUGUUUUAUAUGUAUAUUGUCGAUGUUAUCUAUUAACAUAAAAAGUGCUGAGGUUAUACAUAUAAUAAGAAAAUAAAAGAAACAGAUAAUGAUAUGCCUUAUGUCAAGAGGAAACUGAGUUGUUUUAUAUUGUAAUUUUCUGGUUGCUUUUGGUGAACAACAGAUGAAGUAAAACACACAUGGUGAUAUUUCAUUUUCAUUACGUUAUUAAAAUUAAUGACAGAUAAUAGGGGAUCAUUCAAAUACUAUGCAAUAAUGGAUGACAAAACUCUUACUGUCCAUAUAUAAAGAGUGCUUGGAUAGUUGGCAAGGUGAUAACCAUGUACCGAUUCUAAUUCCUGCAGUAUUCCUAUAUCAUUGAUAUAUAAUACAUAUCAUGCAUAAUUUGCCUCUAGUGUGAAGGGGAUGUGUUUUAGGGAAAGUAGUUUCUACUAAAAUUGUUUCCAUGAAAUUAUUUGAAAAGGCCUGAUGAUUUCAAGGCCACAUUUUGCUAUUUUCUGGUAUACAAGUCACUACUGAGUUGGUUUAAACAUAAAAAGCUAUCCCUGUCUAUAUAUUUUAUUUUUGCGUUAUGUUCUGGGAUGUAACUGAUGUGAUAAUAUUUGAAUCCUGGUUGAAGAAUUGCUGUAAUUUUAAUUCUUUUGGUUUUAUUAUUAGAAUUUUAGAAAUAUUGUGGACUUGUGAUUGUGUACAUGAACACUCAUUCAAAUGUCAUAGUUUUUUACAGUAAACUUCCCAGAGAUGAACUACAUUGAAAGCCAUUUUGCCAAAUUCAUUAACAGUGUAUAUAACCACUGAAGCCACUUUUGGAGGAAUUGUAUGUUCGGUUUUUCUGAAUAGUUUGGUAGAUUUAAACAUCAGAUGAUACCUUGUACUUUUGCAACGUCAAAUUAAUUUGACAUUUUUUGGUAAAAUGUUUUUGAAUAUUGAUUUAAAAUUUAGAUAAAGAGCUACAUAUCCUCUUGUCGUUUAUUAUAUAUUUACAAUUGAUUACAAUAUUGAUUACUGCCUUGUGUGAUAUGCAAUGACAAAUAUCCACAAGUGGGGAGUGUGUGUGUACGUCCUAUUGUCAACUAGCCUCCAAGGCAGCAGCAGCAGCAACAUUUAAGCAUUUUAAUCUUGUACAGAAACCUAAGGCUUUCUUUUUGUACUGUUUUUACCAACUUUUGUAAAUACUAGAAUUUGUAUGUGUAGAUACUAGAUUUCCUGUCUUCAAUGGUUUGGAGUAUACAUUGAAUAGAACCUGUUUGUACUGUUUGAAAACAGCAGCAAAAUUCAGAUUUGAUGAAUUGUGUGAAUGUCCGAAAACUGAAUUGUUUCUUUGUACAUGUUUGAAGAAAUGGCAUGUUUUAAAAGCUGAUCAUGUUAUAUUUUGUAUGUAUGAUUUAUACUUUUAUAUAUACAUUGUAUUUCAUAAGCACCAGGUGUCAUUUGCCUUUGAAACAAGACUACAGCAAAAACAUCUCACAUAUUCAUUCUGAGCACAAAAGGCCUUCAGCUUGUUCCUAAUAUUUUGUCCAUGAGCAGGGGAACAGAUGACCGCUUAUAUGCUGAGUUGGGAACCUGGGCUGUAGUCGAAGGCAAGGGGAGACUACUCUCAGCUGCAGGGUUUCUUUUUUUAUAUAAAUAUCAUCUAUUGCUGAUUGGUCUUCCACAGUUAUCAACAGGGUUUAUUUUUUAUGUAUAUGCUUUUAAUCAUGCGAGUCCUGUCUAUCGCAGUCCACAAUGGACAUUUUAACUCUGUUAAAUGCACAACAUGCAGCAUGAAACUCCUGCCUUCCAAUUAAAUAGACAGACUGCAACAAAAACAUGUACAUCUUACAGUGCUAAGGUUAUUAUACACACCUACAGAAUAUUCUGUAAUAGUGCUGUACAUUGAACAUUAGUUUGUUGAUCCUUGUGACUUGGACUAACGGGACCGGGUGGUCAGACUCGCUGACUUGGUUGACACACAUCGGUUCCCAAUUGCGCAGAUCGAUGCUCAUGCUGUUGAUCACUGGAUUGUCUGGUCCAGACUUGAUUACUUUACAGACCGCCGUCAUAUAGCUGGAAUAUUGCUGAGUGCGGCGUAAAACUAAACUCACUCACUCACCUUGUGACUUGACUGUCAACUUACUUCAGGCUCUGUAUAUACGUAGCUUUAGAGGUAGCUGUCUAUAUUUCCAUGUCUGUUGAUGUUUCCAUGUUUUCUGAAAACUCUAAAUUUAUGUCUUCGUCUCUGGUUAUAUUCUCAUUGUUUUGUGUUGCCAAUUCAUUGCAGACAUAUGGAAGGGUUGUGCUGCAGUAAGUCAGUUGUUGGUAGGCCUGUAACAACCUGUUUAUAUAAGCAACAUAUUGUUUUCUUUCUUUUUCCCCCUUAUGUUAACAGGUGAGAAUAUUGUAAAUAUUGACAUAAAUCCAUUCCUGUUUCUAUGUGAUACUGACACAGUAAUCUGUAUAAAUUCAAGCUCAAUCAUAUAUCUCAAUCAAUCAUCAUCCUUGAUAUUUUCUCCAUCUUGUUAAGGAAAGUGUCAGAUGACUGUGAUCACACUGAUCUCAUUGUCAGUUCCAUUGUACAUAUGUCAUUUUCAUGCUUGUCAGAAAUGAGAUCGUUUAUACAUCUAUUUGAUAAUAAACAAUUAAGAUAA